AUGAAGAGACAUAAGUGUCCCUACAAAUGUCCUAUAAGAAAGAAGAUUCUGAUCCUGUGUUUUACGGGGUGGCUGCUUGCACUGCUGAAACUCCUCCACGUUGAAAGACUCUUUUUUCCACAUAAGGGCAUUUAUUUGGUUGAGCACUUCUUAAGCACUUCUUCUUAUGUUAGAAACAGGUAUUCCAACCUUAGAAAUGACUUCCAUUAUGAAAUUAAUUGUUCAUCUAUAUAUGAACAAGAUCCUGGUGAAAUUGGCAAGAGUUUAGAGAUAAGAAGAAAAGAUAUAAUUGAUUUAGAAGAUGAAGACAUUGUAGCAAUGACAAGCGAUUGCCAUCUGUAUCGUACACUUAGGAAAUACCACCUAAAACCUGUUUCUCCAGAGGAGGAGAAUUUUCCAUUAGCCUAUUCUUUGGUUGUUCAUAAAGAUGCAGUAAUGGUAGAAAGGCUUAUACAUUCACUGUAUGGCCAUCAAAAUAUAUACUGCAUUCAUUAUGACCAAAAAGCAGCAAAAAAAUUCAAAUCUGCUAUGAACAAUCUAGCUAAAUGUUUCCCCAAUAUUUUCAUUGCAUCAAAAUUGGAAACAGUGGAGUAUGCACAUAUUUCAAGGCUGCAAGCAGAUUUCAAUUGUUUGUCUGAUUUGAUGGAUUCUUCAGUUCCCUGGAAGUAUGUUAUUAAUUUGUGUGGCCAAGAUUUCCCUUUGAGGUCAAAUUUCCAGUUGGUCGCUGAACUGAAAAAACUCAAUGGGGGAAAUAUGCUGGAAACUAUAAAGCCAAGCAGUAGCAAAAGAGAACGAUUUACUUAUCACCAUGAACUUAUGAAAGUGCCUUAUGAAUACAUGCAGAUGCCAGUGAAAACCAACAUUUCCAAGAAUUCACCACCCCAUAAUAUUGAGGUUUUUGUAGGCAGUGCCUAUUUUGUUUUAAGUCGAGGAUUUAUUCAAUAUACCCUUGAAAGCUCUCUUGCAAAAGAUUUUUUUGAUUGGUCAAGAGAUACUUACUCUCCAGAUGAACACUUCUGGGCCACUCUUGCACGUGUUCCUGGGGUCCCUGGGGAAAUCCCAAGGUCAGCACAGGAUAUAACAGAUUUACAAAGCAAAACACGUUUAGUGAAAUGGAAUUAUCUUGAAGACCAUUUGUAUCCCCCAUGCACAGGUAUCCACCUUCGCAGCGUAUGCAUCUAUGGGGCUGCAGAAUUAAGAUGGCUUAUGAAUUAUGGGCAUUGGUUUGCUAAUAAAUUUGACUCUAAAGUAGACCCUGUCCUAAUAAAAUGCUUGGCAGAAAAACUGGCAGAACAACAGAAAGAACUUGAGACAAAGACCUUUAUAUCUGCUGCAACAGGAAAACUGGAAGAGCCCAGUUGCCAGACAAAACUAAAAGAGAAAAGUAUGAGAACAAAUGAGCCAUGUGGCCUGACUUAGAGACCUGAAGUCCC